UCAUUUCCAGCUUAAAAUUAAGGUUGCGAGAAUCAAGCCGACAAUCCUACAUCCAAUCUGGCGGGAACAAUUGUUCAAGUUGUCGGCUACAGCCUCCGCUCAAGUCUCAGUCUCAUUUGGAGCCGGAAUCUCAGCACUACAAUCAAAGUCAACAUGCCUUCUCCGACGAAACGCAGCCUUCAAGAGGAGUUGCCUUCAAUCAAGCUCCGCGUGAUGAAGCUCAGUGAUAAAGCUCGAAUCCCCACCCAAGGUUCUCCUCGUUCGGCUGGCUAUGAUCUCUAUUCGGCCUCUGAUAUAGUCAUCCCUGCCAUGGGCAAGGCUAUCGUGCCUACUGAUCUCAAGAUUGCCGUGCCUGAGGGCACUUAUGGGCGUGUGGCGCCUCGAUCGGGAUUGGCCGCUAAGCAUCAUAUUGACGUGGGGGCGGGUGUGGUGGAUGCGGAUUAUCGGGGGCCCGUGGGUGUGGUUCUCUUCAAUCAUGCUCAGACCGAGUUCCAAGUCAAGGCAGGCGACCGGGUGGCUCAAUUGAUCUGCGAAAAGAUUGUCUACGCUGAAGUAGAAGAGGUCCAAGACCUGACCGAGACUGAUCGGGGCGAGGGGGGAUUUGGUUCCACGGGACAAAAUUAAUGCUCAGGAAAUAUAGUAUUUGGUGUUUGAACGCUGUUUUACAAAAUAUAAAGAGACUUACCAUA